UCAGACGUUUGCGAGACUCCGAACCGAACAGAACUACAGAGAACUUCGAUUAAAAACGGCUGUGGCAACAGAACCGAAAUCUUUGGGCAAAUAUUUGCCAAUUAAGUACCGUCGACGGCGCGUGUGUCUGUGAAGUGGGGUGAAGUGAAAUAAUUGGCCAAGCCGAAAAAAACCAGUCAUGUCCGAAUUUGUGCGGCAACAUGGCGAGUAUGUGUGGGUGAAGCCGCAGAAUACUACCAGUGAAUUCGCCGUACCUUUUGGGGCUCGGAUAGUGAGAACGGAAAAAACGCAGACCUUGGUUUGCGACGACCGGAACAAACAGUUCUGGGUGCCAGCGGGGGAUGUCCUGAAGGCCAUGCAUAUUACAUCGCAGGAGGAUGUGGAGGACAUGAUCACAUUGGGGGACUUACAGGAGUAUACUAUUCUAAGGAAUCUGCAGAAUCGCUAUGCCAAGCAGUUAAUUUAUACCUACACCGGUUCUAUGCUGGUAGCCAUCAAUCCCUACCAGAUUCUGCCCAUCUACACGAAUCGCGAGAUUCAGCUGUACAGGAAAAAGACCCUAGCUGAACUGCCUCCUCACAUUUUUGCCAUUAGUGACAAUGCCUUUCAAAGACUGCAAAGACUCAAAGAGAAUCAGUGUGUGGUGAUCAGUGGAGAAUCGGGUGCUGGGAAAACUGAGAGCACCAAGUUGAUACUGCAAUACCUGGCCGCAAUUAGCGGCAAACACUCGUGGAUCGAGCAGCAAAUUAUUGAGGCAAACCCCAUUAUGGAGGCCUUCGGCAAUGCCAAAACUGUGCGCAAUGACAACUCUUCGCGGUUCGGAAAGUAUAUCGAGAUCAGAUUCACACCGGAGGGUGCCAUUCAGGGAGCCAGAAUACAGCAGUAUCUUUUGGAGAAGUCCCGCAUUGUUUUCCAGAGCCGUGAGGAACGCAAUUAUCACAUUUUCUAUUGCAUGCUGGCUGGACUUUCAGCACCAGAAAGAGAGCGUCUGAAGUUGCAGGAGCAAUCGCCCAGUCAGUAUCAUUAUUUGGCCCAAGGAGGAUGCUUCACAUUGCCCGGCAAGGGAGAUGCCAAGGACUUUGCCGACAUACGGGCGGCCAUGAAGGUGCUUUCAUUUAAGCCCGAGGAAGUGUGGAGUAUACUCAGUCUACUGGCGGCUAUUUUGCAUCUGGGUAACCUGAGAUUCACGGCCACGGAGGUGGCCAACUUGGAAGCUGCCGAGAUAGACGACACACCGAAUCUGCAGAGGGUUGCCCAAUUACUGGGAUUACCCGUGCCCCCUCUAAAUGCGGCACUCACCCAAAGGACGAUCUUUGUGCAUGGUGAGCAUGUGACCACCAGUUUGUCCAAGGAGGCGGCUCUCGAAGGGCGCGAUGCCUUUGUGAAGUCGCUCUACGAUGGCAUAUUUGUGCGCAUUGUGCGGAGAAUCAAUGAGACCAUAAACAAGCAAAUAGAUCAGCCCAUGAAUAGCAUUGGGGUUCUGGAUAUAUUCGGCUUCGAGAACUUUGACAAUAACAGCUUUGAGCAACUGUGCAUCAACUAUGCCAAUGAGAAUCUACAGCAGUUUUUCGUGGGACAUAUCUUCAAGAUGGAGCAGGAUGAGUACCAAAACGAGCACAUCAACUGGCAGCACAUUGAGUUCCAGGAUAAUCAGCAAAUUCUGGAUCUGAUUGGCAUGAAACCCAUGAACUUGAUGUCUCUCAUUGAUGAGGAGUCCAAGUUUCCCAAGGGCACUGAUCAAACUCUCCUCGAAAAGCUACAUGUCCAGCAUGGCAAUCGAUCCAUUUAUGUGAAAGGAAAAACCACACAAACGUCUCUUUUCGGCAUUCGUCAUUAUGCCGGCGUGGUUAUGUACAAUCCAUUGGGCUUCCUGGAAAAGAAUCGAGAUUCUUUCAGCAGUGAUCUGAGGACACUGGUUCAGCGAUCUGCUAACAAGUAUUUGGUGGAUAUAUUUCCUCAUGAGAUGCCCAUGGAUACGGCCAAGAAACAGCCCACUUUGUGUGUGAAGUUUAGGAACUCUUUGGACAUGCUGAUGCGCACAUUGUCGCAGGCUCAUCCCUACUUUAUACGAUGCAUUAAGCCAAAUGAAUUUAAGGAGCCAAAGAACUUUGACAAGGAGCUGUGUGUGCGACAGUUGCGCUACUCGGGAAUGAUGGAGACCGCUCGCAUUCGAAGGGCGGGCUACCCGAUUCGCCACGCCUACCGGGCCUUCGUGGAGAGAUACCGCCUCCUGGUGCCACCUGUAGGCCCCCUGGAAAAAUGCGACUGCCGAGCGGUGGCGCGGCAGAUCUGUGAAGUUGCUCUACCCGCCGAUUCCGAUCGUCAGUAUGGAAAAACCAAGCUUUUCCUGAGGGACGACGAUGAUGGCAGUCUAGAACUGCAGCGAUCACAGCUGAUGCUUAAGAGCAUUGUGACCAUACAGCGAGGUAUCAGAAGGGUUCUAUUCCGACGCUAUCUGAAGAGGUAUCGCGAGGCUGUUAUCACUGUGCAGCGAUAUUGGCGGGGUCGCCUGCAGCGUCGUAAGUACCAGAUAAUGCGGCAGGGAUUCCAUCGCCUGGGAGCCUGUAUAGCUGCUCAGCAGUUGACCACCAAGUUCACGAUGGUCAGAUGUCGAACCAUCAAACUCCAGGCUUUGAGUCGGGGCUAUCUGGUGCGCAAAGACUUCCAGGAAAAGUUAGUGGAAAAACGAAAGCAGCAGCAGAUGAAGAAGGAGGAGCUCCUGAAGUUGGCCAAGCUUAAGGAAGCCGAAGAGCUGCUGAGACUACAGCAACUGAAGGAGCAAAAGCUGAAGGAGCAAAAGGAUCUGGAAGACAAGCGAUUGAAGGAGGAGCAGAGACUUCAGGCCGAGGCUGCUGCCCGUAAUGCCUUGGCCAUGGCUGCAGUUCAGCAGCCCAGGAGGGAAAAGUCCUUCAAGCAACAGGCGCCGCUGCCUCCAACCCAACAGGCCCGAAUGUCCCUGCCACCACCACCCACCACGAUAAUCGCAGUCGCCCCAAUGGCCACACGACCCGCCAGUGCCACCAGUAGGAUAAAUGCCGUACCCGAGAGUCCUGGUGGUGCGAUCGAUGUGGAGUCCUCCAAACAGAUGGUAGACGAUGUGUUCCGCUUCCUCAACGACGAACCCGAUGCUGCAUUGAGGAAACUCAAUAAUAUUGCUUCUGGCGAUACUAUACGCCUACCGAAGCCAGUGACCAAUAAUAUCGACACCACCGACUUUAGUUAUUUGAAAUAUGCCUCAACCUACUUUUGUGGAGGCGCCACAGCGCAGCACGAACGAAAACCUCUUAAGCAAUCUUUAUUGAAACAUGAGCUUGCUGUAGAUGAAAUGGCUUCUAAGGCCAUUUGGUUGACCAUUCUCCGAUUCAUGGGUGACUCGCCGGAGAUUGUUCGCUCGCCUACUUUUACCCCAUACGAUAAUGAAAACUUGAUGAGUAAAUUGUCCAGUUUCUUAAACACUUCUGGUUCUUAUAAGCCACGUUUGUUUGUGCGUCAAGCCCAAAGGCGACCACAACAACUUGUGGGAAGAGGUCUUAAAGAAGCCGAAGAAUUCUAUCAACACUGGCUUAACGUUUCCAGUAGUCAUUUAGAUAAAUUGCAUUUCAUCAUAGGGCAUGGAAUACUCAAGGAGAAUUUAAGAGAUGAAAUCCUGGCCCAGAUCUGCAAACAGCUAUAUCUUAACCCCAGUCGCAGCUCCUAUUCCCGCGGAUGGUUGCUCCUUUCGCUUUGCUUGAGCUGCUUUGCACCGAGCACCGACUUUGAGCCCCAUUUGCGAAGUUUCAUGAAGCAGGGAACCGCCCAAUUGCAGGCUACUCCCUGCCUCCAGCGAUUGGAGAGAACUCUGGUCAAUGGGUCCCGCUGUCAGCCACCGUCGCUUUUCGAACUUCAGGCGAUCCGGGAACGUCAGCCCCUCAAGUUGGACAUUCAGCUGAUGGACGGACAGCAGAGGAGGUUGCAGGUGGAUGCGGCAAGUACAUCCCGAGAGGCUGUACAACAACUUUGCCAGGGCUUGGGUCUAACCGAUACCUUUGGCUUUGGCUUGGUAAUGUCACUAAACGGCAAGUUAAUGCCACUGGGAGCUGGUCAGGAGCAUGUUCUGGAUGCCAUUUCGGAGUGUGAGCAACGUCGGCUGGAUGCCCCUUGGAAACUGUACCUCCGCAAGGAGAUAUUUCCCACUUGGUAUGAUCCAUCGAUGGAUCCUAAGGCCACUCACCUGAUAUACAAGCAAAUCCUGAACGGAUUAAAGUGUGGAGAGUAUCGUUGUCGUUCCGAGAAGGACAUUGCUAUGGUGUGUGCCCUGGCCUGUUUUAUUGAGCAUGGACCGGGUGAGAUCGUUCGAUUGAAACCCUCUGAGAUUACUGCGUUUGUGCCCAGGGAUCUCCUGGCUCCAGGCGAUCGAGCCAUCGAAAACUGGAGUCGCCUAAUAGCCGCUACAUACGAAAAGAGCUCAUAUGUUAAGGAAGAAAGCAAUGAUUUACAAUUAGAGGCUCAGAAGAGAGCCAAAGAGGAUAUAUGUCUUUUUGCACAUCUAUCUUGGCCCAUGAGACACUCCCGUCUGUUCGAAGUGGUACGCAAAGAGGGACCAAAACUCCAGAGCGAUGAACUGAUGCUGGGCAUCAAUUCCACUGGCCUUUUCCUUAUCGACGAAACCGAACAGGUGCUGGCCUCCUGUAGUUUCGGCGAGCUACUGAAAGUUAAUUUAGAAGCCAAUGACGAAUUACAUAUUAUGACCUUCGAACAUUGCAAUUUUGUGCUGCAGUGCAGCACAGCUCAAGAUGCCAAGGAGGUGAUAAACUAUAUGCUGGACAAUCUCCGCCAGCGUUCAAGCUAUGGAGUUGCCCUUGACCAGGUCGUGGAGGGAGAUCAAGAUGAUUUCCUAGUCCUAUCCAUCGGUGACCUCAUCGAAUUCGAGGCGGGUGUAACAGGUGCCCAACUUUUAUCUGGCAAUGCCCAAGACACUUACAGAGGCUGUGUUAAUGGCCAUUGGGGUCUCUUUGCUGCUGGGAAUGUUCGCAUUUUGGCCACCCUCACCAAACCCAGUGAUAAGCUACUAGAUAUCUUUAGGGAGGGCAGAUUCAAGGAACCCCCGAAACCAACUCCUCGGGCAAAUCAUUCUCGUCGUCGUCAACAUUACAUCUCUCAGCUGGCUGAGACACAAUUUAGGGAGCCAUUAGACUCAGAUAAGGCUUCCCUCUCGCAGUUUUCUCCUGAACCACUAAAAGCACCUCUGCUUAAGACUGUAGUUAAGGUGCCACCUCUUUUCCAACAAGCUCUGGUUAUUCAUCAUCACAUUCUUAAGUACAUGGGCGAAAUAGCAAGGAGCAAUCUGCCGGUAAACACGGACCUCAUCUUCCAGCCAGCACUACAGCAUCCUCUUCUGUGUGACGAACUCUAUUGCCAGUUGAUGAAGCAGCUGACCGACAAUCCAUCCAGCGAAAGCGAGAAGCGGGGCUGGGACCUGCUAUACUUGGCUACGGGUUUGGUGGCUCCCAGUAUCCUGAUUAUGAGGGAACUCAUCAUCCUGUUGCGCAUGCGUGCCGAUGCUCUAGCAGAUGCCUGCCUCAAACGAUUGAAGCGAUCUUUGGCCCAGGGACAGCGAAAACAAGCACCACAUUUGAUUGAGGUUGAGGGCAUUCAGCAGCGCUGCCUGCACAUCUACCACAAGAUAUAUUUCCCCGAUGACACAGUUGAAGCUUUCGAGAUUGAGUCACACACCCGGGGAGCCGAACUUAUUGCGGAUAUAGUCCAGAGAUUGGAACUCAAGUCGGCCGUGGGCUAUAGUAUUUUUUUGAAGACCGGCGAUAGGGUGUAUGCCAUGCCGGAGGAGGACUUCGUGUUUGAUUUCAUAACUCAACUUAUCUACUGGCUAAAACAGCAGAAGACCCUGCGCUCCAUAUCCGAUGGCCACUACCAGCUGCACUUUAUGAGGAAGUUGUGGUUGAACAACCUUCCAGGAGAUGACCCAAAUGGAGAUUUGAUCUUUAGCUAUCCCCAAGAGCUGCACAAGUACUUGAAGGGCUAUUAUCCCAUCGAUUGCGAGCAGGCCUCGCAUCUGGCAGGUCUUGUGUACAGUGCGGAUCGUGAGGUUAGCUUGCAGCGACUACCGGAAGUGCUGCCACGUUUAAUACCAGAAGAUCUAAUACCUCUUCAAACCGUGGCUGAAUGGAGGCAACAAAUCCUGCCAAAACUCCAUCGCGAUCACUUGGCGGAGGAUCAUGCCAAGUUUUUGUUCCUCCAAGAACUCUGCCAUUUCUCUUGCUUCGGCUCCACUUUCUUCGUGGUGAAACAACAGAACGAGGAUGCCCUCCCCGAAACACUCUUAGUGGCAAUCAACAGCUCUGGAUUUCAUCUGUUGGAUCCACAAACCAAAGAGAUCCUUCGCAGCUACGAGUACUCCCAGUUGGGUAUCUGGAGUUCGGGCAAGAACCACUUCCACAUCCGAUUCGGUAACAUGAUCGGUGCCUCGAAACUGCUGUGCAGCACGACCCAAGGAUACAAGAUGGACGAUUUGCUGGCCUCUUACGUGAGGUAUUUUAAUGAAAACGAGUAA